CAGGUAAGAAGUGACAAGGGAUUUCCGAGAAGCGAUUCGCGAGUAAAGCCGCUUGUUCGAGGUGUGAUAACGUUCUUCUUCCAGCGCUUGUAACUUAGAGAGCAUGCAGGCGGCACUGAGGCUGACAUGCAUGGUGGUGGCGGCGGGCGCGCUGUCGGCAGUGGCGCUGCCCCCGCAGCUGCUGAGCGAGCGCCGCACGUACGUAGACCUGUGCAUCAACGGGCUGGGCGCUGACUCGUGCGUCUCUCUCUUCGAGGCUGCCGUGCCGCCCAACCUGACGCACACGGCCACGGACAAGCAGAGUGGUGUCAAGCCGCGCAACACUGUGUGUCCCACGCUCUGCCAAAACGGUUUGGGCUAUCCGUUGUGUCGCUGCAGGCAGCAGUUCCCGCGGCCCGCCGCCAACUGGACAGCCGUCUGUGACGCCUUCUGUUCGCUGCAGAAUGUCACGGUUUAUGGCUGUAGCGAAUGUAAGAAGCAAGACACCGUGCUGAGAACAAUGGCGAAGUCAAUGACGACGUUUGAGGCGGCGGAGACGGAGGAGGACUGGGACGCGCUGUGCCACGUGCUCUGCAAGCAGGGGGACGGCGGCCUCGCCUGCAGCUGCGACAUCAUUCCCUAA